CACAAGCAAAGGCAGGCGGGGGAGGUCCUACUCCGUGCAGUCCCCGUCGUGUUCGGAACGAGCGAGAGCGCGGGAGACGAGGCGCGGCGCCUCUGCCUGCCGUGCUGCCUUCUUCUCCCCUCUGGCAAACUCUGCUUCGGCUCCCCACGCCUCACGCCGCCUCGCCGAGACGAGACCCGCAGAACAGCUGGGUUCAGACUUCUUGGGCGAGAGCGAUAUGAGUGGCCCAAGUCAGUGCUCAUCCCAGCCACAAUUUAUGACUAGCGUUGGAAGGAGUAACCGCUCGAAUGGCCCCGGCACUCCUCUUAUCGAAAGCAUAGAUGUUGAUCAGAUUGUUAUUCCAGAGAAAAACAGUUGGAAGAACUUGUUCUCAUACAUAGGGCCUGGAUUUCUCGUCUCAAUUGCAUAUAUUGAUCCUGGCAACUUUGAGACGGAUCUACAGGCUGGAGCACAGUACAAAUAUGAGCUUCUCUGGAUCAUACUUGUUGCAUCCUGCGCCGCUCUUAUUAUUCAAUCACUUGCAGCCAGGCUAGGGGUUGUGACAGGGAAACAUCUUGCGGAGCAUUGCAGGGCUGAAUAUCCCAAGGUCACAAAUUUCGUCUUAUGGAUUCUUGCAGAACUUGCUGUUGUUGCAUGUGACAUUCCUGAAGUAAUUGGAACUGCUUUUGCUCUGAACAUGCUGUUCAGAAUCCCAGUUUGGUGUGGUGUUCUAAUAACUGGACUCAGCACUCUAAUGCUCUUAUUACUACAGCAAUAUGGGGUUCGUAAGCUAGAAUUUCUGAUUGCAUUUCUGGUGUUCCUAAUAGCAACUUGUUUCUUAGUUGAACUUGGGUAUUCUAAACCAAAUGCUUCAGAAGUUGUGAGGGGCCUUUUUGUUCCUGAACUUAAAGGAAAUGGAGCUACAGGUCUUGCUAUCUCGUUACUUGGUGCUAUGGUGAUGCCGCAUAAUCUUUUUCUGCACUCGGCAUUAGUAUUAUCAAGAAAAGUGCCACGGUCGGUUCAUGGGAUCAAGGAGGCAUGCAGAUUCUAUACAAUUGAAAGUGCAUUCGCCCUUACAAUAGCUUUUCUCAUCAACAUAUCCAUCAUAUCUGUCAGUGGUGUUGUCUGUGGUUCAGGUAAUUUGAACCCAGAAGAUCAGGUGAACUGCAGUGAUCUGGACCUAAACAAGGCUUCAUUUUUGUUAAAGAAUGUCCUUGGAAACUGGAGCUCAAAGUUGUUUGCAGUUGCCUUGUUGGCCUCUGGUCAGAGCUCUACAAUUACAGGGACGUAUGCUGGACAGUAUGUCAUGCAGGGGUUUUUAGAUCUUCGGAUGAAACCAUGGAUACGUAAUCUUGUCACGAGGUCGUUGGCUAUUCUGCCAAGUUUGAUCGUGUCAAUUAUUGGUGGUUCUUCAGCAGCUGGCCAGUUGAUUAUCAUUGCAUCGAUGAUACUGUCAUUUGAACUCCCUUUUGCUUUGGUUCCACUCCUUAAAUUCACCAGUAGCAAAACAAAGAUGGGGCAGCAUACAAAUUCAAUAUUUACUUCUGUGCUAACAUGGGUGAUCGGCUCGUUUAUCGUUGUCAUCAACACCUACUUCCUGAUAACAAGCUUUGUGAAACUGCUCCUCCACAGCGGGCUGUCCACCGUCUCCCAAGUAUUUUCCGGGAUUUUUGGGUUCCUGGGCAUGCUGAUUUACAUAGUCGCAAUCCUAUACCUUGUCUUCCGGAGGAACAGGAAGUCCACCCAGCCAUUGCUGGAGAGCGAUGCGGAGCUUGCAGUGUCCGGUAGCAGUGCAGGUGCUGGAGCAGAAUGCUCUCUGGGCCAUUUGCCCCGAGAGGACAUCUCCAGCAUGCAACUUCCGCAGCAGCGUUCAGCUUCUGAUCUAGAUUAGAUAACAGUGGUCAGGAAAAUAAAUAUGUUUUUUUUGUUUUUUAUAUACUAGUAUAGUAAUUACACAGUAGGGUACAUCAGGUUUUGACUUUGAUCAUCUUACUGAUGAUUUUAUGGGCAGUAAGCUAGGGAAUGUAUACAAGAGGAUGGAUAUCUAUGCCGCCGAACAAACAAAAGAGGCAAAAAAAAAGUUUAGUACUUGUUUGGAAAGUGAUGAAACUGAACUGUGGAAGGGGCAAAAAAAAACCCAUGUUGGUAUCGAAUCAAAUGUGAGAAGUUCUUCAUUUUAAACAUAGCGGCAUUGGUAACAAAAUGCCUAGAUGAUGUAACAUACUGAAUUUUUAUUAUUACAAUAGUAUAUACUGGACAUACUGUUUUA